UGGAUACUGACCGCCGAAAAACAUCCAUGAAGAAGAAGUUCUCAUUGGCGUGACGUCGCCCUGUACUGAAAGGUGUGCUUCAUGGCGGUGGCAGUUUCUGCGGCAGGCGAGGCUCUGAUGAUGGAGAAUGGACAGAGCUCUGCCUCCAAGCUCGGCCUGCCGCCUCUCACCCCUGAGCAGCAGGAGGCCCUACAGAAGGCCAAGAAGUAUGCCAUGGAGCAGAGCAUCAAGAGUGUGCUGGUCAAACAGACCCUUGCCCAUCAACAACAGCAGCUCACUAACUUGCAGAUGGCAUCCCUGACAAUGGGCUUUGGAGAUCCACUCUCACCAUUACAGUCGGUAGCGGCUCAGAGGCAGCGGGCAUUAGCCAUCAUGUGCAGAGUGUAUGUGGGCUCCAUUUACUACGAGCUGGGAGAGGACACUGUUCGGCAGGCCUUUGCCCCAUUCGGCCCAAUCAAGAGCAUCGAUAUGUCCUGGGACUCGGUUACUAUGAAACACAAGGGCUUUGCGUUUGUGGAGUAUGAGGUCCCUGAAGCUGCCCAGCUGGCCCUCGAGCAGAUGAACUCAGUUAUGCUGGGAGGCAGAAACAUCAAGGUCGGACGGCCGAGCAACAUCGGACAGGCCCAGCCAAUCAUCGAUCAGCUGGCGGAGGAGGCGCGCGCCUUCAAUCGAAUUUACGUGGCGUCUGUACACCCCGACCUCUCGGACGAGGACAUCAAGAGUGUGUUCGAGGCUUUCGGCCGGAUCAAGUCCUGCACCCUGGCGAGGGACCCCACCACGGGAAAACACAAGAGCUACGGCUUCAUUGAGUACGACAAGGCUCAGUCCUCCCAGGAUGCCGUUUCCUCCAUGAAUCUCUUUGACCUAGGGGGUCAGUACCUGCGCGUGGGCAAGGCGGUCACCCCCCCCAUGCCCCUGCUCACCCCGACUGCCCCGGGAGGACUCCCCCCAGCCGCUGCCGUGGCGGCCGCCGCUGCCACAGCCAAAAUCACUGCCCAGGAGGCGGUCGGGGCAUCGGUGCUGGGGGCACUGGCUGGGCCUGCCCUCCUCUCCCAACAGUUAGGGGGCCUGCCCCAAGCCGUCAUGGCCGCUCAGGCCCCGGGAGUCAUCACAGGGGUGACCCCGGUGCGGCCCGCUCUGCCCGUGAUACCUCAGGUGGGCCUGGUCAACCCUGUGCUGGCCUCGCCGCCGGUGCUGGCCGUCGCUCAAGUGGUGGCCCAGGAGGCCAAGAAGAAGGAGGCGAAGGAGGACGAGGAGGCAGCCCUGCAGGAUGGGACGGGUCAGGAGCCGCUGAGCGAGCAGGAGCACAUGAGCAUCUCCGGGAGCAGCGCCAGGCAUAUGGUCAUGCAGAAGCUGCUCCGCAAACAGGAGUCGACGGUGAUGGUGCUGCGGAACAUGGUGGGCCCGGAGGACAUCGACGACGACCUGGAGGGUGAGGUGACGGAGGAAUGUGGGAAGUUUGGCGCUGUCAACCGUGUCAUCAUCUACCAGGAGAAGCAGGGUGAGGAGGAGGACGCGGAGGUAAUUGUCAAGAUCUUUGUGGAGUUCUCCAUGGCGGCGGAGAUGAACAAGGCCAUCCAGGCACUCAAUAAUCGCUGGUUUGGAGGUCGCAAGGUCAUUGCUGAGGUGUACGACCAGGAGCGAUUUGACAACAGCGACCUGUCUGCAUAAGAAGGUCUGACCUUUCUGAAAACUCUCUACUACUACCACCACAAAAACCUCCGGUUUCUCUCUCUUACACACACACACACACACACACACACAGCUGCCACGCAUUACUGUAGGUGAUGCAGGCUUCUUUUUAACCUGUAAUUAUUAUUUUUUUUAUCAAUGUUGAUAUUAAUAUUAUUAAUGCUCUUGUUUGGGGGGGGGGGGCAGACAAAGCAACGAGAUGCUCAUGGAUUUUUUUUUAUUAUUACUGUGGCCUACUGUGAAGGACUGGAUAUUUGGUUUUGUAUUGUUUUCAGUAAAUUCUCAUCCUCUCCCUGAUUGUAGUUUUAUUUCGGUUACACCUUUUUUGAUUGUUAAGUCCAUUCUGCAAAGGAAUCUCUUGUUAUAUAGCUCUUGGUAUCAGUUGCCCAAAACAAUAAAUUCCUCAUGAAUAAA